GUGAACGCAGCAGGACCGUUGCUCUUUAAAGGCGCAUGAAAGCCUGAGCGGCGGUUAUGUAAUGUGGGUGAAAGAGGAAGAAAGAGGAGAGGAAGAGGAGUGAAUGGAAGACAGCAGCAGGAGGAGCAGGACAGGUCUCUGCAUCAGCGAUGGAGCUCAGUGUGGCUAAAACCUUAAUGUUAACAGGAGGGGUUCUCCUUCUUCCUGUAGUUGCCUUUGUUACCUCCUACCUCUUCUGGCCCGGAGUGCUCCUGAAGGCCUAUAACUGGUACUGGCGCCGCAGGCUAGGAAUGGUGGUCCGGUACGCUUACAGAGGAAGUUAUCGAUUCUGUUAUUCAAGCCGUGGAACACCAGGAGGCGCCACACCAUCUCUGCUGCUGCUGCACGGUUUUUCUGCCACCAAGGACAUGUGGCUGCCAGUCAUCAAUUUCCUCCCUAAAAACCAGCAUGUUGUUUGUGUGGACAUGCCUGGACAUGAAGGAACGAGUCGAACUGGUGCAGAAGAUUAUAGCAUCCUGGGACAGGCCAGCAGAAUCCAUCAGUUUGUCCAGAGUAUCGGUCUGGAUAAAACACCGUUCCACCUGGUCGGCACCUCUAUGGGGGGGAACGUCGCUGGCGUCUACGCCGCCUGUUACCCGUCUGACCUCUGCAGCCUCACCUUGGUUUGUCCAGCAGGUCUGGUUUAUCCCACAGAGUCAGAGUUCAUCAGCCGUCUGAGGGAGCUGGAGGAGAAAAAUGAGCAGCAGGAGUCCAUCCCUCUGAUCCCCAGCACUCUCCAGGAGCUGGACACCAUGCUGAAGCUGUGCUGUUACAAACCCCCCAACCUCCCCCAGCAGCUCCUGCGGGGUCUCUUGGCCAACAGGAUCCCAAACAAUGACUUCUAUAAAGAAGUUUUCAUGGAGAUCGUAGGAGAGAAGUCGCGCCAUUCACUGCAGGAACAUCUGCAUCUAAUCACAGCGCCCCUGCAGGUUGUCUGGGGGAAGCACGACCAGGUCCUGGAUGUUUCAGGAGCUGCUGUGAUCCAGAAGGCGCUACAGCACUGCCAGGUGGACGUGUUGGACGACUGCGGCCAUUCUGUUGCCUUGGAGAGGCCAAGAAAAAUAGCUAAACGUAUGAUGGACUUUGUGAUCAGUGAAGCAAAGAAACAUGCCUAAGGAACAUCUUACUGGAUGGAUGGAUGGAUGAUGGAGCUCAAACUGGAGGAUGAACUUUAACUUGGCACAAUUAAAAUGACUUAUUGUGUU